CAACCAAAUGGACUCUAAAGUCUAAAGUAAAUUUGAGGGAGUAAUAAAUACAUCAGUUGAGCAAAGAGAACAUGUUGGUCUCACUUCUCAGAUCCAGUGAACAAAAAUCGGAAUCAUGCCUCUCAGUUGUUACAAACACAUGAGGGAAAAGUGGGAUUUGUUGGGAUCUCACUGAUGACUAAGUCAAAUUAAAGAUGAUAAAAUGAUAGCCAAGUUUUAAGAUAAAAAUAGUUUUUUUAAAUAGAUAGAUUAAAAACAAACAAGAUUCUGCCCUGGUUCUCAUUAAAAUAAACUGAACUUAAGUUUUGUUUUUCACCAUUCUAUUCUUGCCAAACCUCAACAACGUUUCUUGUGUUAGAUUGAAAGAAAGCAUGGCCAAAAAUGGUGAGGGAUGUGCCAUAGGAAUUGACCUAGGCACCACUUACUCGUGUGUUGCUGUUUGGAAGGAGACCGAAGACAGAAUAGAGAUUAUUCAGAAUGAACAAGGCAACAAAAUUACUCCCUCCUUUGUUGCUUUCACUGAUGAUCAAAGGUUGAUUGGUGAUGCAGCUAAGAAUCAGGCUGCUACAAACCCUGAGAACACUGUCUUUGAUGCUAAGAGGUUGAUAGGUAGGAAGCAUAGUGAUCCCAUUAUAAAAAAUGAUAUGAUGUUAUGGCCAUUCAAGGUUAUUGCGGGUGUUGAUGACAAGCCCAUGAUUGUCGUCAAGUAUCAUGGUAAGGAGAAGCAUCUUUUUGUUGAGGAAAUAUCAUCCAUGGUUCUCACAAAGAUGCGAGAGAUUGCAGAGGCAUAUCUGGAGUCACCUGUUAAGAAUGCAGUUAUCACCGUGCCGGCUUAUUUUAAUGACUCUCAGCGCAAAGCCACCAUAGAUGCUGGCACCAUUGCAGGUCUAAAUGUUAUGCGGAUAAUCAAUGAACCCACAGCUGCAGCUAUUGCAUAUGGCCUGGAAAAGAGAACUAAUUGUGAGGAAGAGCGAAGUAUAUUCAUCUUUGACCUUGGUGGUGGUACUUUUGAUGUGUCUCUCCUUACAAUUAAAGGUAAGGACUUCAAAGUUCAAGCUACUGCUGGAAAUACUCACCUAGGAGGAGAGGACUUUGAUAACAGAAUGGUGGAAUACUUUGUAGAGGAGUUCAAAAGGAAGAGCAAAUUGGAUAUUGCUGGAAAUUCUAAAGCCCUGAGGAGGUUGAGAAGUGCUUGCGAGAGGGCAAAAAGGACACUCUCAUGGACUACAUGUACCACAGUGGAGGUAGAUUCUUUAUUUCAAGGCAUUGAUUUCUGUUUCUCAAUCACUCGUGCAAGGUUUGAGGAACUUAACAUGAACAUGUUUAGAGAAUGUAUAGAAACAGUGGAUAAGUGCCUCAACGAUGCUAAGAUGGACAAGAGUAGUGUACAUGAUGUUGUCCUUGUUGGUGGAUCUUCUAGAAUUCCAAAAGUGCAGGAGUUAUUGCAGGAUUUUUUCAAGGGGAAGGAUCUGUGCAAGAGCAUCAACCCUGAUGAGGCUGUUGCUUAUGGUGCUGCUGUUCAGGCUGCUUUGCUGAGUGGAGGCAUAAAGAACGUUCCAAACUUGGUGUUGUCGGAUGUUACACCGCUGUCUCUUGGUAUAUUAGUCCAAGUAGAUAUCAUGAGUGUAGUGAUUCCUAGGAAUACUACUACUCCUGUAAAGAAGACAGAGGGUUACACAACAGAUAGAGAUAACCUAUCCCGUGUCUUGAUUGAGGUUUAUGAGGGUGAGAGAGCAAGAGCCAGUGAUAACAGUUUGCUGGGUUCCUUUGUUCUUUCGGGCAUUCCUCCUACUCCUCGUGGCCAUCCUCUUGAUGUAUGCUUUGCUAUUGAUGAAAAUGGCAUUUUAUCUGUUUCCGCUAAGGAAAAAACCAAUGGCAGUAAGAAUGAGAUCACCAUAACCAAUGACAAAGGGAGGCUCUCGACUGAAGAAAUUAAAAGAUUGAUACAAGAAGCUCAGAGAUUCCAGGCUGAAGACAAGAAAUUCCUUAGGAAGGCCAAUGCAAUGAAUUCUUUGGAUGAUUACAUUUACAAGAUGAAGAAAUCUUUGAAGAAUGAUUAUAUUAAUUCAAAGCUUAGCUCAGAAGAAAAGGAGAAGAUCAGUUCCGCAAUCACAAAGGCCACAAAUUUGCUUGAUGCUGGUAAUAAUAAGCCAGUUGAAAUAGAGGUGCUUGAGGAUUAUGUGAAGGAGCUUGAGAGCAUGUUCAAACCCAUUGUAGGCAAGAUUGACUUGCUCUUUGCAUUUUAUUAGAGUUUUGCUUGUACUGACUAGUCAUUUUGUCUUUGAUAGCAAAAACGUUUACUCUAAUAUUAUUAGGAAAUAGUUUAAGUUUAUUUAAAUUUUCAGUGGUUUGUUUAAAUUGUUACCAUUUUUUACUUAAUGCGUCUUCAGGAAUGCGUUUUCUAAUCCCGUUUAAAUUGAAAAUCAAUUAUGAGAGAA